UGUGUGCAUGUGAACGUGAUGGUAAUUGUAGGAAAGAAUGAUUGCUAAGCUGUUAAUGAUUUCAUUGAACAUUUAUCAGAUCUUGAAAUGCAUUGAAUUUUACCAGUUUCGUUUAUUUGAUAAAAUUAAGACGUGCAUUUGCACAAGUUUCUAGAAUUUGUGUAGAACAGUCGGAAGCCUAUCUGCCAGUUAAAUGUUAUCCAAAAAAAUAGAAGUAACCAAAAAUAGGACCGGUUAUGUCGUGGAAAGUUGAUCUGAAGUUUUUCUUGUCAAAAAUAUGAGCAAAAAAUGAGAAGAACGUGAGCAAAUGAGGAAAAAGUGAAAAAAUGAAGAAAAAAUGAGAAAAAUUACAAUAAUUAUUAGCUUUACUUGAUACACAGGACAAGGAAUUUACUGUAAUAUGUGUGGCAGAAAAGUAUAAAAAUGUUAAAGGUCUUACAUGACGUGUUUUUUUUCUUGUUCAGGUUUAACUAAUGUUUAAUAUACUUAAUUGUAUAAUAGAUUCUGAUUAAGGGUUUUCAUUAACAUGAUAUACCAGACAGAAGCUUAUUUACAUUAAAGAUUAAUUAUCAGUAUUUAAAUAACCACAGAAAAAAAAGAAAAAAAAGGGAGGAUAUUUUCACACAGAUAAGAUUGAUUACUAAUAUAGAUGUGCAGUUAGGUGUACAGCUCAUUUUAAAACAUGCAUCCUGAAGUAAAUGAUUCGUAGAAUUAAGUUAACUUUCUCUUUCUGACUAUAUAUUUUGCGAAGUAUUAUGUUCGGACCGUGUGACCCAGAUGACUAAAACAUACAAUGACAUAGAAGCCGUAACUAGACUUUUAGAAGAGAAAGAAAGAGAUUUGGAAUUAGCAGCAAAGAUUGGACAGACCCUUCUUGAGAAAAAUAAAUAUUUUGAAGAAAAGAAUGAAGAAUUAGAACUAUUAAUCUCACAGGCUAAUGAGCGAAUAAAUCAACUGAAGCAUGACUUAUCCAUGAAAGAUGAGCUCCUUAAAAUAUACACACAGACGUAUGAGGGCGGGGACGCAAGCUCGCCGGAUACCCCUGAUAGUAAAACGGCACCAGGACUGCAGAAAAAGAUAAGAAGUCUGGAAGAUGAAAAUCUUCAGCUCCACUUAGAGACAUCAAAGCUUAAAGGUUUGACUGAAGGGUUGGAAGAAAAGGAACAACAGUUGGUCAAUGAUUGUGUACAGCAACUUGAAGAUGUACACAAUCAACUUGCUCAGCUCUCCAAUGAGUUGUUGGAGAAGUCAGAGGAAUGUUCAUCUCAAAAAGAGGAAAUCACCAAUCUCCUACUUCAAAUUGUUACACUUCAGAAAAAAGUGCGAACGCUUACUGCUGAUAAUAUGGACCUACAGAAAACAUUGGAGGCUGCAUACGACUCACAGAACUAUCUUACCAGAGAGAUUGGUGAUUUGAAAGAGAAAAAUGAAGAAAUUUUGGCCCUCCUUGAAGAAACACAAGAAGAGCUUCGAAGAUUUCGCAGCAAGGAGCGGCCCAGUGUGAUGAGACAUAGUUACAUGUCCCCCAUGUUUAACACGACUGGGGAGUCACUGGCUUCAGAACUAGAGAACUCCAUGCGUAGUGAGGUGGACUAUCCCAAGGGGUAUUCUUCAAUGGAAAGAAAGAAGCAUACAUGGAAGGUAUUUGAAACAGCCAAAGCUGCCAAAGCACAUGCUCGCAAUGCUUCUGGUUCCUCUUGUGCUACGAGCAUGCUGGGAGCCAGCCUUGCUGAUAAUGAGGACUCGAGAUCUGUGUCACAGAGAAGCUCUAUGUACUUCAGUGAUACAGAGUCAGCCGUCAGUGAAAACUGUGCUGGCGAUAUAGAAUCUCUAUAUGGUGCUACAUCUACUCGACUAGGAAGACCGGGUAUUCCAGGCUCCAAUGAUUUACAAUCUGCCCUUCGUCGCCUUUCUAUGAGAAGGGCAAAUGAACUCAAUGAGAUGGACUAUGCUAGGGAGGAGAGGGAGAGACAGGAACGGGAACAAAAAUUCAGGGAAAGAACUGUGAGUGAAGUAUCUGAGAAGAGUGACACAGAGUCUGCUACCCCAGGUCGGUGCCGGACACCGGACAGCAUGUUCUCUGCUAAUAGUGGUUAUAUGUCUAUGACGGGCAGUAGUGGUAACCCAUACUACAAGAUGCCAGAAAAACUCAGGAUUGUUAAACCGCUAGAAGGUUCGGUUACCUUACGUCAGUGGCAGCGACUAGCGACCCCACACCUCGGCGGCAUAUUUGAAAGUCGGCCAGGUGUGAGAAUGAAGGGCGAGAAUGUUGUAAAUGUGAAUACAGAACCAGAGGUUUACACGCUCAGUGACUAUGAAGAAGAUGAUGAGAUGGUGGAAUACUCUAACAGGUUUCAAGAGAGUUCAGGUGUAUAUACACUUACUGAUUCCUGUGUAAGACAUCCCUCCGAGGCUGGCAGUGAUGUGGACACAGAUUCUGUGACUACAGUUGUGGAAGAAGAAACUACAUCAUCUUAUACAUCAUCAACACCAAAGAUGGCUAUUGGUCAUGUAGCUGAGAACCACGGCACCAGCACUUUCAGUAUGUCUCUGGGUCUCGCGUCCAUUCUCAACGAACGUGAUAUAGAACACGGCAGCCAGCAGGGAGUGCGAUCUCAACACAGUGUUGCUAGUUCAAAUCCGGCUAGAUUUCCGAGUCUUAUAAGUGAUACACAUUUUAACAUAGGACAACAGUCAUCGCCGUCGACAACAUUAACACUUCCAACUAAUUCUUACAGACUUAUACCUUCCCCCUCAACCCUUCCGCAGAGGUUGGAUAGAAAUGUUAAUUCUAUGGGAACAGGGGGGUGGCAUGGAAUAUCAGGUACAUUAGGGUCACAAGGUACAGAAGGGUCAAAUAGUGUUAAUAGUUUGCAGGGUCAGCAGGGGUCAACAGCCACCGUUACAGAUGCCAAAAAUGCUGAUUCAGCGAAUUCAGACUCAAAUAGGCUUGGUAUGAUUAACAAACUAAAAAAUACCGGGUUUUCCCUCUAUGGAUAUAUAACUGGAAGUGUGCCAGCUAAUGGGACUGGUUUGGAUACUUCAAGACCGAAUUCACUGCCUUUAACAUCUACAGCUCCAUCAGUGACAGUUGCCAUGGCAACCGGGUCAAAUUCAGUCACCACGGUAACAGACAGUACAACUGUGACAACUAAUAGUGUAGAUAUAGACAAUAUGGUUACGAUAGGAACGUCAACAGCUGAGUCACCGAGAAAAUCGCAUUUAGCUUCAGUUUUGACACGUAAAACUGCUGGAGGGGUUAUAGGGGCCUUAGCAAAGUGGCAUAGAGACGGGUCUUUAUGAUAAAACCACCUGUUAAUAAUGUGAAAUUUGUAUUAGUAAAUUUAAAUGCGGCAGUAUUGUGAUAAAACUUUACGUGAUAUAGUGCUCCUAAAUAGAAUCUACCUAGACAUUCAUUAAGAGUGCAAAAGUGAAUAAGGAUUUUUAUUUAUAUUUAAUAUACAUAUAAGAUAUAUCUUUUGCACAGAACUUACUUUUGAAUAUUUUUACUGCAGUUUCUAACUUAAAGCACAAACACAUGAGCUCUCAUUUCAAAGUGUACCUUUUAUUUUUUCUGGCCUCUUGAUUGUGAAUUAUUCUCAUUAUUUUAGUACUAAUGCUGCUCUGUAUUGGUUGGUAAAACUGAGGCCGUGUUCCCUUAAAAAUACGCAAUGAUUUUCUUGAAACGUUUGUAAACAUACUUCUAGGGGAACAACAAAUAAGCAAAUCUAAAAAAUUUCAAAUUAGGUUAUAUAAUAGAUUAUAGAGUACAUAUUGAUUGGGCAUAGUGUUUUGAAUUAAUACUGAUUUAGGGGGUAGAGUUAUAUUUUAUUCAUAAGAAAUUCAUUUUAUUACAUUAUGUAAAAUCUAGACAGAUACGUGUAUGUCAUAUAUUCUCGCCUAUAAGACUGGGAAAUUUCCUUAAUAUUUCAAUACUAUAGUUAAGCCACCGUCUUAUAUGCGUGUCAGGAACUUGUAUAAACAUUGUUUGCCAGAUAACUCAAUUCAUUAAUAGGUGUUUCUUUUUAAUACCUCCUCAUUUUGGUGCUAGAACUUCAUGUAAAAUUGGCAUUUAUUAAACAAGAGCUUUUAAAUAACAUUUAUGUUUGUGUGUCCCAAUUACAGAGACCAAGAUUCCACUUAGUUUGACCAAUUUCUGUUUUACAUUUUUGAGUGUUCUGUUUGUUAACUUUUUGGUGCAAGUCUUUCCAUAUUUGUUGCAUUAUUUUAACAUGUUGUCUAAUUUACUUUAUAUUUUUAUAGUACUUAUGCUUUUCUUUGGAAGUUAAUCCGUAUGAAAACCAACUUAAAAUCAAUUCUAAACCCACCCUUUUAGUUCAGUUGGGGUGGGGAGGCCCACCCUUUUAGUUCAAUUGGAGUGGGGAGGUCCACCCUUUUAGUUCAAUUGGGGUGGGGAGGCCCACCCUUUUAGUUCAAUUGGGGAUGGGAGGCCCACCCUUGUAGUUCAAUUGGGGUGGGGAGGGGAUUAACCAGAAGAGGAGGGUACAGUCCUUAGUUGAUGGGAAUGUUUUCAAUGACAAACUGGUUAUAAUCUAAAGUGAUCCAUCCAGUGCAAUUAAUGUGGAGAGAAGUUGUCACUUACUUGUACAGAUGACAUCGGUGCUGGUACCAAAUCAAAAACAACUGCAUAACUGGUAUACAAAUAAAGUUUUGUGGAAAAGUAAAUAUGUUGGUUAUUUUGUAUAAACAUGAAAUUAUUUUCUGUAAACAUGAAAUGUUUUUCCCAAAUUAGAUACUAUAUCAAUCGAGAGUAUUCCAUUACAAAGGGCGAAUUUGUUCUACUACUAUAAUAGAAGUGAUGUUCUUUGGUUAUGGUAACAAUUGAUGUUAUUCCUACUGUACAAAUGUAACGAGUAUUGUUACUCAAUUACUAUAACAAAUGAUUUUAUGCUGUUACUAUAUCCAGUAAUGUUAUUCUGUUACUGUAACGAGUAACAUCACUCUGUUACUAUAAUGAGGAAUGUCGUUCAGUUACUGUAACAUUUAGUAACUUUAUUCCGUUACUAUACCCAGGAAUGUCUUUCUGUUACUGUAACGAGUAAAUUUAUUCCAUUUCUAUAAGGAGUGAUGUUAUGUAAUGCAUUUACCCUGUAUUCUGCUGAAGGCAUGUUGCAAAUACACAACUUUUAAAUUUUUUCUUUUACUUAGAAAUAGAAAAAGUAUAAAAAAAAAAAGUGUUCAAUGAUUGUACAUGUACAUUUCUCCAGAUUUUACUAAACUCUUACCAGGGCUUUCAUUCUAUGUAUAUUUUUGUUUUAUCUAUGUAAAUUAGGUUUUUUAUUUUCAUUUUAAAACUUUCCCUUAUUAAACUGUAUGAAGUGGAAAUUUUUUUUUUGAAAAUGUAGAAAUUGGUAUUCUAAAAUAAAAUUAUGAAGAAAUGUAAUAAUAGAUGAAAUCUGUUCUUACGCCAUUUUUUGGUUGUCACUUCCUCUUUUUUUUUUGUACAAAAAAUAUUUCUGUUUGAUGUGCUUUGUUGCUUUUUUGUUAAAGUUCAUCUGUACAAAUCUUGUGUAAAUAUGCAUGUAUGAAAAUAUUUAACUGAUAUUUAUAUAUGUAUACCACUGAAAAAUAGAAAUUUUAACAAUGUGCUCUUUCAUAGAAUUGUGAAAUUUAAGUAGAAAUUUACAAAGUUUGCAGUGUGUUAUGAAAUUUGUGACAUUAGGUAGAGCAUUUCAAAUCGACAAAUUUCAAGUUUCCAGGCAAUGACUUUUACUGAUUUUAUUUUAUACUUUUUUGCGAUGCUUAGUAAAUUGAAUAAUUUUUAUUAUUUCUACAGAGCUGAAUACUUCAUUUUCGCAUGUAAAAAAAAAUUUGAAUGACCUUGUGCCAAAUCAUUAAUGUACAUACUGAAAUCAAUUUAAAAGAGGAUAAAUGUACUGUACAGGUAUUACUUGGUAAGAUAAAGAAUGCAGGAAGUUAUGGUUUAAUGCCUUAUCGUUGUUGUAUUGGAUAUUGGUCACCUUUAUCAGGUUUAAAUUAAUAAAUUGCCAAGGAUAUUGUUACUUGUAAAUUAAUGUUUCAUUUCUGAAGUGUUGAAAAAAAAAACCAAGACAGAUAAGGAGGUAGCGUUUGCAAUAUUUGCUUAAAACUUGAAUUUUAUAUGUGGAAUUGACAUAGGCCCAAGGUUACUGUCUGGGAUAUAGGACGUUUUUAUGCCGAUUCGCGGUAAAAUCCAACUCGCUUACUCUCACCCCAUGGUUACUGUAACUCGGAACAUACAGCAUUAGACCUACAAGUAGGUUGUCAUAGAAAAGAAUUGUAGGUGAAGCGUUCCAUUGUCUUCCACGAUUGCCUAAAGGCUAUACAUUUCAGGCUAUUUCUUCUCCACGUCUGAUGGAUGUGAGAAAGUUACCGUUUACUUGCAGAGAACUGGUUAAUUUUGGUUAGGUUUCCAGCAACACUGUUUAACCGCUUACUAUUUAUACUGGAAAAAAAACAAAAACAAAAUGGAAUGUAUUAAUUUCAAUUUUCAUUAAAUUUGCUUAAAAUUUUUGCAGUUGGAUAUAGUCUGACUUGGAAAGUAAAUAUUUCUUAUUAACCUGCUUAAUUUCUAAUUUAAAAAUGGACUUGUCCAUCAUUCAAUUUGGGCAAUACGUUUAUUGUUAGGGGUGUUCACUGAAAAUUUACUGACUGAACAGCAAACAUUAGAAGGGGUGUUCACUGAAAAUUUACUGACUGAACAGUGCAGACCAUGAUCAGCCUGUAUGUCCAUGCAGGCUGAUCUUGGUCUGCACUGGUCAUAAAAGCAGAAUCAUUUGCCGCCAGCUGGCUAAACAUAAAGUACAGAUUUACUGUUUAUGUGUUGCCGUUUUGUUGCCAAAAUACCAAAUUGUCUCGUUCACCUAUAUUUGGAAUCAUCUAAAAACUAAGUCGAGGGAUAUGUAAUCAGGAUCUCACUGAAGGAGGAAGGAUUGUUUAGUUGUUAUGUCUCCCACCACACAGUGGUGUGGGAGACAUAUUGAUUUACUCCAGUCUGUCUGUCUGUGUGUGUGUCUGUCACAAAGCUUGUCCGCACUCUAAGUCGAACAUUUCUCAUCCGAUCUUCACCAAAAUGUGUCUGCCAAUAAGUGCUCGGCCAAGUUCGAUAACUAGCCAAUCGACCUAGGCAAUUCGGAAUUAUGGCCCUUGAAUUACCAAAAACACUCAGAUUUCUUGCGCAGUUUUGCCCCAAAACCGGCGCCUAUACUACUAGUAGUAUAGGUGUCCUUUUGGUGUCAAGAAAGCGCAUGCACAUGUGGAUUAAGUAAACAGUAUAUAAAGACUGACUUACUAUUUAGAUGAUUAGGCAGUUGCGGGAGACAUGCGCUUUUCUCAAAAGUAUCUCUAGUUUUUAUGUUGAAUUUCUUAGUUUUUUCCUAAGGAUGUCAGCAAUUAACUGGUUAACUGGUUGAACAUCCAAUUAUCAGUUUGUAAACUCGAUAACCAGUUAAUCGCAUAUUUUUUAGAAUAUAAAAAAAAUUGAAAAUGUAAGUCAGAAUAAUAAUAAGGUACAUUUUUGUAUAUGGUAUUAUAAACACAACAUAAUUUUCUCUGUCUCACUUUAAUUUAGAAGGGAGGUGAUGUAGGGAGACUUACACAUGCUCUAAAAAUAUUCUUUUUUUCUCAAUAUUUAUUUUGCACAAGACAGUACAAAAUACCUUUUCGUAGGGUAUUUUUAUUGUCAGAAGCCUUUUCUUUUUCAAUUUUAUAAAAAGCCACAUUACUAAAGUAAAGUAAAGUUUUAUAUAGACAUGCUAAUUUGGCUUAUAGUUUUGGCUCAAGACUCGCGUAAAAUUCAACAUUUCUAUGUUAGAAAUAUUUUAUGCAAAUUUUAGCUACAUACGUAUAAUGUCUCAGAAAAGUUUACAGUUCUGCUCAUUAUUGCAUAAUUAUACUUUAUGCUCAAGAUACGGUCACUUCAUUAUGAAAUGGUUGUCACUAUAAAUAAACGAAGCACUGCAACAGUUUCGUCUAAGGUUUCGCAUUCAUUUCAUAACCAGUUGCAGGGCUAAUUGCCAAACAUUUUGAUUGUUUGGUACGGUUUUUUUUUUGGAAAUAAGAAUAAGUACUAAUGUAUGAAACAGUAUUAUUUCUUAACACAAUAUAAUAAGUCUAGUGUAAAAGAAAUAUUUUUAUGUAUGAGAUGUUUCUUAUUUUGUGCAAACAUGUUGAAUUUCCAUCUUGUUGGACUCGAAACAUUAUUCUGUUUAUUACAAGGUUCCUUUGGCCUGGAUAUAGACUAGUGCAAACAUUUUAUUGUAAUAGUAGCUUCAUGUCAUUUACAUUUUCAGAAAUGUUUUGUUAGUUUUAAUCGAGACCAGUUGUGUGGUUUUGGUAGAAGACAGUUUGUUGGUAGCAUUUGUGUUUCAAACAUCUUGUUAUGCAAAAUAGACCUUGUAAUCUGCUUUUUAGGUAUAUUUUGUACUUUAUAUCUUCGUAUAACCAGGAACUAUGGUUGUCAAGUAAACAGAAUAUUUGAUAUUCUAAAA